CUGGCCUAAAUAGUACUAGUACUCCAUGUAUGGGCCGCACGUCCGUUCCGGCCGACGAGCAUGGACCGGAUCUCCGUUGGAAUACCGUUGCGUCGAGGUAAAGGUUUUGGAAUAAGUUCAUUUUAGGUCUCUCAUCUUGACACCGAAUUUCAAAAUCGUCCCUCAACCCUAAUACUAGAAAUAUUAGACCCCAACUCAUAAAAACCAUGCGAAAGAGGUCCCUAGGCAGUAUACGAGAAUGGUUUUGCUUAUGUGGCAUACUUAGUCAGCUGGUAGGACUCACCUGUAAGUCAAAUACAAAAUAAAAAUAAAAACUUCCUCCGUUCUCCCCUCUCUCCAUCGCCAUCGCCACCGUCCGAGCGGAGGCCCCCCGUCUCAGCGCCCCACCGGCGAGCCACCAGCGUCAGGAGAAGGACGCCGCGCUGCGCGACCACAUCCAGCGCCAUGGCACUGGCAGCAACUGGAUCUCCCUCCCCGCCAAGGUUGGUGAGUGAGUGCAUGCUGCAUGCAUGCAUGUGGGUGCUGUGUGGCUUCCUGUGCUCUUGCUUGAUUUUGUGGAGAAUGGGGUGUAGCCGUGUAGGGUUGAGGAGGUGUGACAAGAGUUGUUGGCUGCGGUGGCUCAACUACCUCCGCCUAAACAUCCACCACGGCGGCUUCACCGACGAGGAGGACGCAGUCAUCGUCUCCCUCUACACCAAGCUCGGCAGCAAGUGGUCGAUGAUCGCUGCGCAGUUGGAGAGGAGGACGGACAACAACGUCAAGAACCACUAGAACACCAAGCUCAAGAGGUGCCUCAGCCACCACCGCCGUAGUCUCCGCACCGCGCCUACUGCCUCUCCCCACCGCGGCGCCGUCUCCACUAUCGUCAUCCGUCCUUGCCGCGCACCCGUCGUAGCUGCUGCUCCCCCCGCUCGCCAUACCGACUGUUAGGACCGAGACGUACACCUGUGGCGACUUCUUGCGGGCGUAGCCGGCCGCCGCCGCAGUGCUCCACGACCCUUUUCGCCGGGUGCGCGGACACCACAACCGACGGCUCAACGUCGGCUUCCGCUGCUUUGUUAGCCUCCAACUGAUCGACGGACACCAGCGUGAUCAAAACCAUGUUUUUCCGGUGGACAGCUGCGGCUCCGCCUGCUUCGCUGUGAAGAAGCCCAAAAGCAGCUGCGAGGGAGCAGGUAACCCACCCGAAAACAGCAGCCAGCCUGCCCAUCGCCGACAUCGACACGGGAGCAAGAGCAACGGCGUUCGGAGCGAGUAACCCCGCCACUGUCCGCCUGUCCCCUCCCCUCCCCACCCCCGGCGCGGCGAGCCACCUCUCGCUUCGCGCCACCCCGACCGAAGCCGAAGCGAGCCGCGGCUUGCACCGGUUGAGAGUCUGGGAGUUUCCACCUCCUUCCUCGACGGCCGCGGCCGGAUCAGAGAUGGCCGCGGGAGUUCCGGUGGCGCCGCCGCGGCUGUGCGCGCUGGUGCUCCCCUUCCUCGCCGUCGCUGCCUGCCUCGACGUCCCUUCCCACGGGUGCUACUGGACUGGAUGCCAAAGCAAAUGGUCUAGGUGUCCUGCUGGCCACUUAGAUUCUCAAUCAAACGAUUGUGAUGGUCUUUGCACGGAGUCAAAAAGUCCGCCAUGUCUUCCAUUCCACACACAUUUCCAUUGCUGCAUAACAGGAACCCCAAAGAUAACAAACAAAUGUCGGCAUUGCAAACACAAGGUAGAUUUUGGCCAAGAGUUCGUGUGCUGCUCUGAUUGCCCUGAGCCAACCAUUAUGAUCAAGCAUAGCAAACUGGGUUAUUGUAAGAGUGGGGCUGAGUUAUCAAUGCAGCUAAAACCACACGAAAUUUACCACUGGGUUGCUGGACCAUGGAUGAAGUGCUCCUCGCCAUGUGAUGGUGGUGUAUGUUACCGUGAUGUUGCUUGUUAUGGAAAUUUAUCUGAUGCUACAAUCAAACAUUAUCCUGUAGACGAUGCUAGCUGUUCAGCCGAUCAAAUGCCUGUGAGACAGGAAGCUUGCAAUGAGCAGAGCUGUGGUGUCGAAAUGACAGAGCCAACAAAUUCCAAGAAAAGUGGAAUGUCUGGUUGGUUGGUAGCGUUUAUUCUUCUUCUAGGGCUUGGUGCUAUUGGGGGCAUUGUUUUUACAAGCUACAGUUACUACUCGAGGAGAUCCUCUGGACGAAGUGGUUUUGUGUAUGUGAUGAUGGACGCGUAUUCUUGAGAGGAGCAACGAAUGGAACCUGAAGACUGAAGUUAACAUUUCCAAAUCGGAGGAACAAGUUUGUUCAUUAUUUUAUUUUUAGGACUGUACUUAAAAUGGCUAUUUUAAUCUCAUGUGGUCAAUUCAUGUGUAUCCUAGUUGGCAUUUGCGUUGAUCUCCACCAAUCCUCCCUAUAUAUCCAUACAAAUCAAUUGCAGCCCUGGAAUUUGGCAAUUUGCUUCUAAGACAGCUACCACUCAGAACCUCAAGUUGAAGGGCACAACUCCACUUGUUGGCUUGCAACGGAUAAAUACAAUGAAGUGGAGCGAAGGCAUCAACCGUGAUUUGCUUGGGAAGCUUGAUGUAUCAGGCGCAACGAGUGAUUUUCCAUGGAAAGUAGUACUAUCACAGUAUCGUAAAAC